CCCCACGGGUCCGGGUUUUUGGGGUGCCCUUGCGAUGUCGCGCCGCCUCUUCACGCUCGUGCUGGUGUUGAGUCCUCCGCGGGUGCUGCUCGGGAUGAAGAAGCGCGGAUUCGGCGCUGGGCGCUGGAACGGGUUCGGGGGGAAAGUGCAGGCGGGAGAGAGCGUGCGGGAGGCGGCCAAGCGGGAGCUCUGGGAGGAGUGCUCCAUCACGGCUCAGGAGCUCAUUGAGGCCGGCACGCUGACGUUCGAAUUCGUUGGGGAACCUGAGGUGAUGGAGGUGCACGUGUUCCGGGCUGACGCCUUCACCGGGGAGCCCAGCGAGUCAGAUGAAAUGCGCCCUCAGUGGUUUGACCUGGACAAGGUUCCCUUCUCGGAGAUGUGGCCCGAUGACCACCUCUGGUUUCCGAUGUUGCUCAAGAAACAGAAGUUCUGCGGCUUCUUCCGGUUCCAGGGCAUGAAUACCAUCUUGGAACACAGCCUGGAGGUUGUGGAAUAAGGGUUGCGGCAAGCAAGCGCUCGUAAAACAUUAGACGAGGUCCAGACACACCUACCGAUGUUGCACGUGCUACACGGCUUUUUGGAGGAAACGUUUGUUGACACCGAGAUAUUAGUAGAGGUUGUAGAUAUUUGUGAUAAUGGCGCGUUUGUGUGGGCGGUGGGUAGAGGAACUCCGGUUUAAUCGCAUUGUUUUUUUUCACAUUGUAUAGUGUUCACUGCUGCAAACGUAAGUGGUGCCUGAAUCAUUUGUGAACUUUCAUCUCAGCAUAGCAAAAGUAUGUUAGUUUUACAUAAACAUUCCUUAUACACCAUUUAAUCCAAGUGAGGGCGAAUUGAAACCAAAAUGAUAUUUUACAAAAUAACCUCUGGGCCACAACGUAAUACAAUAUGCAUGCAUUUGAAAGAUAUACUGUAACAUUGUAUAUUUAAGCUGAUGUGAAAAUAAAGCUCAUGAGUUUGUAAGGACACGUGAAA